AUGUCAGCAAAUCGCAAGUCAGUGCUCAUCACCGGAUGUUCAGCUGGUGGCAUAGGUAGCGCUUUGGCCGAGGCAUUUCAUGAGCGUGGCUACCAUGUCUUUGCAACUGCUCGGACACCGUCGAAGGUCGCCAAAUCGCUUGCAACGGCUCCCAAUGUGACGGUACUCAAACUGGACGUCUUGUCAUCUGAUUCUAUCAAAGAAGCCGUUGAGAAUGUUAAAUCGCAGACUGGGGGCAAGCUGGAUGUCUUGGUGAACAACAGCGGAGGGGGUCUGAUGCUGCCCGCGUUGGACACGUCCAUCGAGGAAGGGAAGAAGCUGUUCGACCUCAACUUUUGGGCCCCUUUCGCCAUGAUACAGGCAUUUGCUCCCCUCCUGAUUGAUGCUAAGGGAUGCCUUGUAAACAAUACGUCCAUACUUGGAGCAAUACCCAUGCUCUGGAGCAGCGUGUAUGGCGCUUCAAAGGCAGCCAUGAUUGUUGCGAGCGAGACCUUACGUCUCGAGCUCUCCCGAUUCGACGUAAGAACCAUCACGUUGAUAACUGGCGGCGUCAAAACCAAUUUCUUCGAGAAUAACCCACCAGCGAGACUUCCUGACGGAUCACUCUAUGAGAAUGAGAGAGAGAUCAUCCACCGCCUAUCCGACGGCAGAAUGCAAGCCAAUGCCGUGGACUCGAAGUAUUACGCCCAGAAGGUGGUUCGUGAGGUAGAGAAAGGGACCAGCGGAAAGCUCUGGGUAGGAUCUGGAGCAGGGCCUGCCCAGUAUCUUCUGCGGCUAUUACCUCAGUGGAUUAUUGACAAGUUGAUGGAGGACCACAUGCGGGCCACACUGAGGUAA